UCAGUUUAUACUUUAUAUAUAGCCAUUGGAGAGUGGGUUCCAUACUUCCAUUGCGCAGUUGCUUCUCAGUGUUUUGUGAAUAGAAACACAGAGAGAGAGAGAGAGAAGAGAUGAAUCCGAUCGGUAAAGCUUAUGGAGACACAGUGGCUAAGCAAGAGGAGUUCUCCUCAGGAGGCUUUGGAUCAACAGCAAGUCCAUCAUUAUUUGCUGCUGCUGCUUCUUCUAGCAGCAGUAAUCAAACUAGCUUUCCAUUAGCAGCAACUGGUCCAUCCGCAUUUCCUCCACCUUUAUUUGGUGCUGCUUCUUCUAGCAACAUCAGUAAUCCAGCUAACUUUGGAUUUGCAGUACCUGGUCCAUAUGCAUUUCCUUCACCCUUAUUUGGUGCUGCUGCUUCUAGUAACAUAAGUAAUCCAGCUAACUUUGGACUGGCAGCAACUGAUGCAUCAGCAUCUGCUCCACCCUUAUUUGGUGCUGCUUCUUCUAGCAACAUCAGUAAUACAGCUAGCUUUGGACUGGCACCAACGGGUGCAUCCGCAUCUGCUCCACCCUUUUCUGAUGCUGCUUCUUCUAGCAACACCACUAAUCCAGCUAACUUUGCAUUAGUGGGAACUGGUCCAUCCAUAUUUAGUCCACCCUUAUUUGAUGCUGCUUCUUCUGGCAACAUCAGUAAUCCAGCCAACUUUGGAUUUGCUGUGGGUUCAUCCCUAUUUCGUCCAUCCUUAUUUGCUGCUUCCUCUUCUGGCAAUAGCAGUACCCAAGCUUUGUCUAGGCCCGCAGUCUUGCCGCCAUGUGCCAAUUCUUUCAAUGUUUUCCCUUCUUUAUCUGCCUUAGAAAAUCCCAGCGCAGCUUCAACGUCACCUGUUUUUUGUUCCAGUUCUUCAAAUAUGACGUCACUUCCAAAACUUGCUCCUUCAACUUAUAAUGCUACCACUUUUGCUAGUCCUCCAGUGUUCAGGUGUGGGUUCAUUGUCAAUUCUUCCAGCGAUUCCUCCUGGGUUGCUCCUCCUUCAACACCUUUCCCUGCUCCAUCGGCACCAUCUUCUUCAAUCUUCGCUACAACUGCUACUGCCACCGCCACCGUCUUGCCACCAGAAGAAUUAUCAAACAAGCAGGAGUUCUCCUUUGGAGGCUUCGGAUCACCUGCAAGUCCAUCCGCAUUUCGUGCUUCUUCUAGCAUCAGCAGUACCCAAGCCAUGAACUCUGGAUUCUUGCCAUUUGCCAAUUCUGUUAACGCUUUUACUUCUUUAUCUUCCCGGAUAAAUCCUCCUGCUGUUGGCUUUAGUUCCUCAAAAACCAGAUCAUCUCCAACAGAAGUUCUUUUUGGUACUACUCCCACUUCAACCAUGGCUAGUCCUCCUGUUUCUAAGUGUGGGUUCUGGCCACCUAUCAAUUCUUCUAAUGCUCCUCCCAGCUUCGAUUUCUCGAGCACACCAUUACAUUGCUUUGCAAAUAUUAAAUCACAGUCUCGAAAUGACUCUCAACUUGCUCAACCCUUUUCUUCUAUAUCCCCUACUGCGACCACCACCACUAUCUUUCCCGCCCGUGGUGAAGAGGUUGGAAAACCCACAUCGCAUCUUUGCCCAAGUUGUGGACAGACGUUACUCUCUGGAACUGUCUACACUCCAACUCUUACUUUUGACCAAUCUCAACCACAGUGGUUGCAGUCAAUAUCUGCUAUGCCCGAGAAUCAAGCCAAAAGCCAUGAAGAACUGAGAUGGGCAAAUCAUCUCUUGCAGGGAAAUGUCAAAGAUAAUGUGGUUCCAGUUGCUCAAUCAACCAUAUCGAGUCAGCCACAAUGGACUCUUCCAGUCAUGGUGCUUCCAGUGAUGCCAUUACCAACAUGGAGUGCCCUUCCCUAUACCCCAGCUGUGAUGCCAUUAUCAACCUGGAGUACCCUUCCCUAUACACCAGCUUUAUCAUCUACGCAGCCUGCUUUUGCGGCCAAUGGUGCUGCUUUUGGAUAUGCAUCCUCUCCAUCAUUUUCAGGCACGCCGAUGUUGCCAGCAGUGUUAAAUCUUUCUGAUAUGUUUCGUCGUCUAUAAGCAACUUUCCGUUAUUUAUCUAGAAUCAAUAGUGGUAAUAAGGCAAUGAAUACAGGUAGUGGAUUUCUGAUGUGUAGCCAUCCAAAGCUCGGAUAAUGAUAAGUUUAGGGUUUCAGAUGGUGGUGACGAGUUUUGGAGUCGUUUGUUCAGCUUUGUUGUUGCAAGACGGAUGGAAAUUUUCGACAAAAUCUAAAAGAAAUUUCCCAGCCUAAGUUAUGAGGUAGCA